GCCGAAUAUUUUUUAAAAACACAGGGACGAGAACUUCCUCCAUUUUCCUUGGCUUUCGGAUAUUAGUUUAGGAGACAAUUUUUCCUUUCUUCUUGGGAGAUUGUUUAGGAUCGGAUCCAUAUAUGUAUAAAUUAAAGCCAAUGCAUGCAUGCAUGCAAUUACACAUGGAAAAAUGAGAAUGCCUGCCGGAGGAGGAUCAAAUCGGAGAUGAUGAGCUCGAUUACGUCCGUUUUGAUAUGAGGAACACAUUAUUUGAGCGCAGGCAAUUCGCCAGGUCCACAUUUUAGCUACCAUAACGUAACUAACUAACUACCUUUCAUUUUGUAAACGAUCGUCGAAUUGAAGACAGAAUAUAAUAGCGCGCGCGAAUUGAAGGAGCUAGCUAGGGAUCGGAGAAAACCGAUCAGAAUGACGUCGCCAAGGAGCCACGAUGCCUCGGCGGCACCGUCGUCGUUGACGCGGCAGCCUUCUCGCAGUGCCGCCAUGACCACCUUCUCCAUGGAAGUGUUCGACAACGAAGUCGUCCCCUCCUCCCUUCAGUCAAUUUCGCCAAUCCUCCGUCUUGCUACAGAGAUCCAAGCAGAGCGCCCUCGUGUUGCCUAUCUCUGUACGUACAUUAUCGCCCAUCUUAAUAUAUUGCUUGCUAGUUAAUUAGCUUCGCCAUUUUCCGAUCAGUGCCGACCGAUUCCGCGCCGAUCUCCGCACUCAUUUACGGUUUUCAUAACUCCGAUCGAUCAAUUCGCGCCGGCCUCCACAUUGAUUUUUCGUUUGUUUGUAUAUUUCGUUGUCUUCAAUUCAUUCAGGUCGGUUCUACGCUUUCGAGAAGGCGCACAGAUUGGAUCCAAGCUCCAGUGGACGUGGUGUGCGUCAAUUCAAAACAGCUCUCCUUCAACGAUUGGAGCGUGACAAUGCAUCAAGUCUUGCUUCUCGAGUGAAAAAGACUGAUGCUCGAGAAAUAGAGAGCUUCUAUAAGCAAUAUUAUGAGCAAUAUGUUCAGGCACUUAACGAGGGUGAACAAGCAGAUAGAGCUCAGCUUGGUAAAGCGUACCAGACUGCUGGUGUUCUAUUUGAAGUCCUUUGUGCUGUCCUCAAGACUGAAAAAGUUGAAGAAGUUGCUCCUGAGAUUAUUGCCGCAGCAAAUGAUGUUCAGGCAAAGAAGGAAAUCUAUGCUCCCUAUAACAUCAUCCCGCUGGACUCAGCUGGAGCUUCAAAGUCCAUCAUGCAGCUUGAAGAGGUUAAAGCUGCUGUCGCAGCCCUUUCAAACACAUAUGGAUUGAGUUGGCCAGCCUCAUUUGAGCCGCAAAAACAGAGAGCUGGAGAGCUUGACCUUUUAGAUUGGCUAAGGGCCAUGUUUGGGUUUCAGAGAGACAAUGUAAGAAACCAGCGGGAACAUCUAACUUUACUACUUGCCAAUAUCAAUUCAAGGCUGGUUCCAAGAGCAGAGCCUCAAAACAAGAUUGAUGAUCGAGCUGUUGAUGCACUUGUGAACAAACUUUUCAAGAAUUACAAAAGUUGGUGCAAAUAUUUGGGUAGGAAGCACAGUUUAAGGCUCCCUCAAGGAGAGGUGGAAGUGCAACAAAGGAAAAUACUCUAUAUGGGCCUUUACCUUCUAAUCUGGGGUGAGGCAGCUAAUGUUCGCUUCAUGCCGGAGUGUCUAUGCUAUAUUUUCCACAAUAUGGCAUAUGAACUUCAUGGUCUCUUAGCUGGAAACGUAAGCAUUGUCACUGGGGAAAACAUCAAGCCCUCAUAUGGUGGAGACGAUGAAUCUUUCCUGCGGAAAGUCAUCACUCCCAUAUAUCAUGUGAUUGACAAGGAAGCUAAGAAAAGCAAAAAUGGAAAAGCUCCUCAUACCUCUUGGUGCAACUAUGACGACUUGAAUGAGUAUUUCUGGUCAUCAGAUUGCUUUUCUUUGGGUUGGCCAAUGCGUGAUGAUGGAGAAUUCUUUAAAUCAACACGGAACACUUCUAAAGGCAAAGGACCUUCCAACAAAAUGCCUUCAGGGAUGGGUAAAUCGUAUUUUGCAGAGACCCGAUCGUUUUGGCAUACGUUUCGAAGUUUUGACCGCCUUUGGACAUUCUUCAUUCUUGCUUUACAAGCUUUGGUUAUAAUUGCAUGGAGUGAUAUUUCUGUGUUGGAUAUAUUUCGGAAGGAUGUGCUAUAUAGUCUAUCAAGUAUUUUCAUCACGGCAGCCUUUCUUCGCUUCCUUCAAAGUGUGCUGGACCUUACUUUGAACUUUCCGGGCUAUCAUAGAUGGAAGUUUACGGAUGUUUUGAGGAAUAUUUUGAAGAUAAUUCUUAGCCUGGCUUGGUCUAUCAUUCUUCCGCUGUGCUAUGUGCAUCAGAACAACUCUUUCAAAUUUGGCCAGAUUAAGGAUGUUUUUUCAUUUCUAAAUAGAUUUAAGGGCAUCCCUCCGUUAUAUAUCAUGGCUGUGGCUCUAUACCUGCUACCGAAUUUACUUGCAGCAGCUUUGUUUAUGUUUCCAAUGCUUCGUCGUUGGAUUGAGAACUCAGAUUGGCUUGUUGUAAGAUUUCUUCUGUGGUGGUCACAGCCUAGAAUAUAUGUGGGACGGGGAAUGCACGAAAGUCAAUUUGCUCUGAUUAAGUAUACCUUAUUCUGGGUGAUGCUUCUGUGUUGCAAGUUUGCAUUUAGCUACUUCGUCCAGAUAAAACCUCUUGUGAAGCCAACAAAAGAUAUAAUGAACAUUCAUCAUGUUCAGUAUGCUUGGCAUGAGUUCUUCCCCAAUGCAAAUAAAAACUAUGGAGCUGUUGUUUCCCUUUGGGCCCCAGUUAUCUUGGUGUACUUUAUGGAUUGCCAAAUUUGGUAUGCCAUCUUUUCAACCCUAUGCGGUGGUGUUAUUGGGGCCUUUGAUCGUCUGGGUGAGAUUCGAACUCUUGGCAUGCUAAGAUCAAGGUUCCAGUCUCUACCUGGUGCCUUCAACACAUAUUUGGUACCUUCUGACAUAAAUAAGAAGAAGGGCUUUUCUCUGUCAAAACGGUUUCAUGAGGUCUCUCCGAGUAGGAGAAGUGAAGCUGCCAAGUUUUCACAGCUAUGGAACGAAGUAAUAUGCAGUUUUCGGGAAGAAGAUAUUAUAAGUGAUAGAGAGAUGGACCUGUUGGUAGUUCCUUAUUCCUCGGAUCCUAGUCUAAAAAUAAUUCAAUGGCCACCCUUUUUGCUUGCUAGCAAAAUCCCAAUUGCAUUGGACAUGGCUGCACAGUUUCGGCCAAAAGAUGCAGACCUAUGGAAACGUAUAUGUGCAGAUGAAUACAUGAAAUGUGCAGUUAUAGAAUGUUAUGAAUCGUUCAAGCUUGUUUUGAACACCUUGGUUGUGGGCGAGACUGAGAAAAGAAUCAUUGGAGUCAUCAUCAAGGAAGUUGAAAAUAGCAUUGCAAAGAACACGUUCCUUGCAAAUUUUAGGAUGGGUUCACUGCCAGAUCUCUUUAAGAAAUUUGUAGAGUUAGUUGAGUUAUUGAGAGAUGGUGACAGAUCCAAGAAAGACAAUGUUGUUCUAGCAUUGCAGGAUAUGUGGGAAAUAGUUACCCGUGAUAUGAUGGUGAACGAAAUCCGUGAACUGGUAGAACUAAGCAAGGAUUCUGGAAAGCAAUUCUUUGCAAAUACUGACUCAAGACCAGCUAUAGUAUUCCCCCUUAAAAUGACUGCACAGUGGGAAGAGCAGAUCCGACGACUUUAUCUCCUCCUGACAGUCAAAGAAUCUGCUGUUGAAGUCCCAACAAAUCUUGAAGCUCGGCGAAGGAUUUCCUUUUUCGCAAAUUCAUUAUUCAUGGAUAUGCCGCGUGCACCUCGAGUUCACAAAAUGCUUUCAUUCAGUGUAAUGACUCCAUACUAUAGUGAGGAAACUGUCUACUCCAAGAGUGACCUUGAGAUGGAAAAUGAAGAUGGUGUAUCUAUCAUUUACUACCUCCAAAAGAUAUAUCCAGAUGAAUGGAAUAACUUCAUGGAGCGUCUUGGAUGUAAAAAGGAGUCUGAGAUCUGGGAGAAUGAAGAGAACAUUUUGCAACUACGCCAUUGGGCAUCCUUAAGGGGACAGACUCUUUGUAGAACUGUUCGAGGGAUGAUGUACUACAGAAGGGCUUUAAAGCUUCAAGCUUUUCUUGACAUGGCUUCAGAAGGCGAGCUUCUUGGAGGUUACAAAGCUGUAACCGUACCAUCAGAAGAAGAUAAGAAAAGUAAAAGAUCAUUACAUGCAUCAUUGGAAGCUGUAGCUGACAUGAAGUUCACAUAUGUUGCGACAUGCCAGAACUAUGGGAAUCAGAAAAGAAGUGGAGAUCGCCGUGCAACAGAUAUAUUGAACUUGUUGGUCAACAAUCCUUCUCUCCGGGUAGCCUAUAUUGAUGAAGUUGAAGAAAGGGUUGGUGGAAAAAUUCAGAAGGUUUAUUAUUCUGUUUUGGUAAAAGCAGUUGAUAACCUAGACCAGGAAAUCUACCGAAUAAAAUUACCAGGAUCCGCGAAGAUAGGUGAAGGAAAACCGGAAAAUCAGAAUCAUGCUAUCAUCUUUUCUCGCGGUGAAGCCCUUCAAACCAUUGACAUGAAUCAGGAUAAUUACUUGGAAGAAGCUUUUAAGAUGCGUAACCUUCUUGAGGAGUUCAAUGAAGAUCAUGGUGUCCGACCCCCUACAAUUUUGGGUGUCCGAGAGCAUAUCUUUACUGGAAGUGUUUCAUCUUUGGCUUGGUUUAUGUCAAUGCAAGAGACGAGCUUUGUAACCAUUGGUCAGAGAGUUCUUGCAAGGCCAUUGAAGGUUCGGUUCCACUAUGGGCAUCCAGAUGUCUUUGAUAGAAUUUUCCACAUUACCCGUGGUGGCAUCAGUAAAUCUUCCAAAGGCAUAAAUCUUAGUGAGGACAUAUUUGCAGGUUUCAACUCAACAUUAAGACGGGGAAAUGUCACCCAUCAUGAAUAUAUUCAGGUGGGAAAAGGACGAGAUGUUGGUCUUAACCAAAUCUCUCUUUUUGAGGCUAAAGUGGCAUGUGGUAAUGGAGAGCAGACUCUCAGCCGUGACCUCUACAGAUUAGGGCACCGUUUCGACUUUUUCCGAAUGCUAUCUUGCUAUUUCACAACCACUGGCUUUUAUGUCAGUUCAAUGAUUGUGGUGCUUACGGUUUAUGCAUUUUUGUAUGGAAAACUGUACCUUUCAUUGAGUGGACUGGAAAAGUCAAUAGUUAAAUUUGCAAGAUCUAAGGGGGAUUCUGCUCUCAAGGCUGCAAUGGCUUCACAAUCAAUGGUUCAACUUGGUCUGUUGAUGGCGCUACCGAUGAUAAUGGAGAUAGGAUUAGAAAGAGGGUUUAGAACGGCUCUAGGGGAUAUGAUCAUCAUGCAGCUUCAACUAGCAGCUGUCUUCUUCACCUUCUCUCUCGGAACGAAACUUCAUUACUUUGGCCGCACCAUUUUGCACGGUGGGGCAAAAUACAGAGCAACGGGUAGGGGUUUUGUGGUGCGACAUGAGAAAUUUGCUGAGAACUACAGACUGUACUCGAGGAGCCACUUCACUAAGGGCCUGGAAAUACUGAUUUUGCUCAUAUCUUACGAAAUGUAUGGCACUGCAACCCCAGACUCUGUCUCUACCUUGCUGCUCACUCUUCCGAUGUGGUUUCUCGUGGUCUCGUGGCUCUUUGCUCCUUUCAUUUUCAAUCCUUCAGGGUUUGAGUGGCAAAAGAUAGUGGAUGACUGGGACGACUGGUCUAAGUGGAUCAGUAACCGGGGUGGGAUUGGUGUUCCUGCAGCCAAAAGUUGGGAGUCGUGGUGGGAGGAGGAACAAGAGCAUCUACUCUAUACCGGUUUGUUUGGCCGUCUCUGUGAAGUUCUUCUCUCCUUACGCUUCUUGAUUUACCAGUAUGGCAUUGUUUAUCAGCUUCAUGUUGCCAACAACAAUAAGAGCAUCAUGGUGUACGGUCUGUCCUGGUUAGUUAUAGUCGCAGUAAUGAUCAUAUUGAAGAUAGUGUCGAUGGGGAGGAAGAAGUUCAGUGCAGAUUUCCAGCUAAUGUUCAGGCUACUGAAGCUGUUCCUUUUCAUCGGGUUCGUAGUGACACUGGUGAUCUUGUUCGCGUUCCUGAGCCUGACAGUGGGAGACAUAUUUGCGAGCUUACUGGCAUUCCUUCCCACUGGAUGGGCCAUCCUACAGAUCGCCCAAGCGUGCAGGCCCAUAGUGAAGGGGGUGGGCAUGUGGGGCUCUGUCAAGGCUUUGGGGAGAGGAUACGAGUACAUACUGGGCCUCACUAUCUUCACACCUGUCGCUGUUCUGGCCUGGUUCCCCUUCGUGUCUGAGUUCCAAACAAGGCUGCUUUACAACCAAGCCUUCAGCCGAGGCCUUCAAAUUCAACGCAUUUUAGCCGGCGGCAAAAAGCACAAAUGAGAGACAGAAAACAAAACUGUUCAAAAUGGUUACCUCCUGUGUAUAAUAUCUUCUCAUCAUUUCUUAUGGUGGCAUCACAACUUCACAACCAAAUUGAUUCGAAGGCAAAAAAAAAAUCAUUGGGUCAUAGUUUUCUGUUUAUGAGGUUAACAUGUUCACGAAAAAUGUAGCGUAUACGCAAACAUAAAUGCAUGUUCCAUAAACUUUCAGUCUUCGGGGUUCUACACAACUUCCAUUCAUGCCACAACUACAGAGCUAUAUUACACCUGUG